CUGUCUUUGCCUACCUGGAGCACGGUGGUGUCUCAGGCACUGACAGAAAUACAUCAGAAAUCCGUGUUAUUCGACAAUGGAUUGGACUUAUGAAAUGUCGAGUUUUUGCUGCGUGUUAAUGGCAUGUCUGCUAGCGGGAGUGGUUAGCCAGCCCAUGGGUAUGGGGGAUUGCCCAGAAGGACAGAUAUUCUGCUUCAUGCGGGAGCGGUGUGUGAAUCUGGACGGCACGUGCCCUGACCACCUCUCGUGCGGAGAUCACGAGAUUGUCGACUGGAAUCUUUACGGCUACGAAGAAUGUCAGCAUGAACUGGACGGUGACUGUGAAGAUGGGCAAUGUGACGGCUACUGCGACCACGACGAGUAUCUUGACACAAGCGAUGGUUUUCCUCAAUGUAGACCAACAGACCAGUCGUGUCCUUAUGGAGAGAUAUUCUGUUCGGGAACGAGGUCCUGCAUGUCGCCCGAGGAGAAGGUUACGUGUGAAGUUAUGCCGGGAGAACUCUUGUGCCCACGUGGAUACCAGGUCUGUUGGCAGAACGCCCGGCAGGAGUGUGUCCCGGACGACCAAUGUCACUUCCUCUCUGUGACGUUCCAGAUUAAUGCAUCUUUCCCGGAAGUUAUUGGGCCCAACUGGGAGCACUUUGAUUCCGCCCUGGCCCACAUCCAGAACUCGACUGCGGCCGUCCUGUCCGUCAACCGGGGCAUGGUGUUUGGGUUGUACGCCUGGGAAGGAAGCAUAUGGGUACAUUUUGGAGUACCCCCGGAACUUCGGAGCGCAAUCGAGGCUUUGUUCUAUGACCAGCAAAGGCAAUUCCUCGCCAACGACGAUUGGAGCCUCGAUAUCGUUUGGGGUUCCCUCAGCAUUUACGAGCACUUGCCGAUUACGAAUCCCGGGGAUAAUCCCGAUAUGGGAUCUCAUUGUUCAGAUGGCAUGAUCUAUUGUUUGAUGACAAGACAAUGCGUGUCAAUCAACGGAGCUGUGCCGGACUGCGACUCGAACAUGCCUUGCGCCGACUACGAGGUUCUGUGCAAGGACGAUAUGGGUGGCUACUACUGCUCAGAUCAAGACUGUCAUGGUUCAUCCGGUAACAUACAAUGUCCAGAAGGAGAGAUUUACUGCUUGAUGAGUAAGCAGUGUGUUAACGAGGUUGACGCCAGUUGCAGCGAGCAGUCGUUCUGUUCUGACUUCGAGUAUCUGGACGUGACCGAUGGAUACCCGCAAUGCAAAUAUAACGAUGAGUCCUGUCCGUAUGGAGAGAUUUACUGCUAUGGAACACAUUCAUGUGAGUCAGAUCCCAGCAUGUGUGCCGACUCCUACCACGAACCUCGGUGUCCCUAUCAUUACAAGGUAUGCUGGCGUAACGACCGACAGGAAUGUGUACCGGAUCACGAGUGUCGUUCCCUGGCUGUCAUGUUCAUGAUAAAUGGUGUGUUUGGAGACGUGUUUGGAGUCCAAAUGGAGCAUUAUGACCCUGUGAUUGGCUACAUUCGGGCCGCUAUCGCCGCUUCACUCUCUAUAGAGCCAGCCAUGAUGUUCAACUUUCAAGCUUGGGAAGGGAGUAUAUGGGUGCGUUUUGAAGCACCGGAGGAGCUGUGGAACGCCAUAGAGGCUUUGUUUAACGGGACUAUGGGCCAGUUCUUGUCUGACACCACAUGGAACCUUGAUAUAGACUUUGGUUCCGUGCACAUGGAGAGGUUGUACGGCGGAGAACGGUGUCCAUACGGAAUGAACAUGUGUAUGAACGGGACCGGAAGUUACUACUGCUCAAACAUGAAUUGUGAGGAACCGGAAGGAAUGCAGCAAUGUCCAGAUGACCAGCUGUACUGCUUGAUGCGCAAGCAGUGUGUGAACGUAGUUGACGCCAGUUGCAGCGAGCAGUCGUUCUGCUUAGACUCCGAGGUUCAAUGCAUGGGCAGUUUUGGAAAUUACUAUUGCUCAGAUAAUGGCUGUGACGAAGAAGUUGGAACUUGUCCGAGUGACCAGUAUCUGGACCAUUCCGAUGGAUUUCCACAAUGCAAAUAUAAUGAGGAAUCCUGUCCAGCAGGAGAGAUUUACUGCCAUGGAACGAAGGCAUGUGUGUCAGAUACAACCUUGUGUGCAGACUCCUUCCACGAACCUCGGUGUCCAUAUGCUUAUAAGGUCUGCUGGCGUAACAACCAACAAGAAUGUGUGCCAGACAACGAAUGUCCUUCGCUGGCUGUCGAGUUCAGGAUAAAUGGUGUGUUUGAUGAGGUGUUUGGAGUCCAUAUGGAGCAUUACGAAGCUGUGAUUGGUCACAUUCGGACAGCUAUUGCCUCAUCCCUAUCCUUGGUCGAGCAGGUCGACCCAGGAAUGCUGUUUGGCUUCGACGCUUGGGAAGGCAGUAUAUGGGUGCGCUUUGAGACACGGGUGGGGCUUCUGGGCGCCAUGGAGCAACUGUUUAACGGCACUAGAGGUCAGUUCCUUACCGACAAGAACUGGACCCUUAACAUAGACUUUAGUUCCGUUCGCCUGAGUGUUGAGAGGCCAUUUUGGAACACGGAUGGCGGUCACGGCUGCUCUUCUGGAAUGACUACGUGUAUGGACAAGAUAGGAGGUUACUACUGCUCAGAAAGGAAUUGCGAGGACACAGAAGGACUGCAGCAAUGUGAAGAUGACCAGAUAUUCUGCUUGAUGAGCAAGCAGUGUGUGGACAUGGUUGACGCCAGUUGCAGCGAGCAGUCGUUCUGUUCUGACUUUGAGUGGUCAUGCACUGACAUACACGGGAACCACUAUUGCUCGGACAGAAGCUGUGAUGCAGAAGGAAUGCGACAAUGUCCAGAUGGCCAGGACAAGACCACACUCUAG